AUGUAUUCAGGGGCCUUAGGGAAUCCUGACUUAGCAGCAAUUGGGUUUUCUCAAGCCAGGUGGAAACUAAACCCCAAGGAGCUGAAAAAGGAAGAAGCUCGCUAUGGCUCCAGCCCCCUGGCUAUGCUAACGGCCACCUGCAAUAAAUUUGGAGGCUCCAGUCCAAUCCGGGAUUCGGCCACGCCUGGGAAAGCGGGGAACCCUUUGGGGAAGAAGCUGUACCAGCUGGGAGCCGAGCAGUCCAGCCCCAAGCUCCGCAGCUCCGAGGCCAUGGGAGAUUCCUACACGGCCGCCUUCCCCAGUGGGAACGGGCUGAUGUCCCCCUCGGCCAGCCCGCAAGCCUCCACCACCUACGGCAACGACUACAGCCCCUUCUCUCACUCCUUUCCAGCUUCCUCCGGCUCUCAGGACCCCUCAUCCCUCCUGGUGUCCAAGGGCCACCCCUCGGCCGAGUGCCUUCCCAGCGUCUACACCUCCUUGGAUAUGGCGCACCCUUACGGAUCCUGGUACAAAGCCGGGAUCCAUCCUGGGAUCUCCAGUAGCUCCAGCAAUGCCACGGCCUCCUGGUGGGAUGUGCACUCCAAUACCAACUGGCUGAGUGCCCAGCCCCAGUCGGACGGCCUCCAGGGCUCCCUUCAGCCUGUGCCGGCCCAGACAUCCCUGAGCCCUCAGCUGCCAAGCUACAGCUCCGACUUCACCACCUUGAACCCUGCCCCAUACCCGGCCGUGGGCAUCACCUCCUCCUCUCAUCUCCUCCCUUCCGGCCAACACAUGCUGUCCCAGGAGAUGUACAAGCCCAAGCCUGUGGCCAACAACUCCCUGAUGGAAGGCGGGAUCGGACUGAAGGCCCCACGUGGCGGCACCUUCAGCAGCACCACCGGCCGCUCGACGUGCGAUUGCCCCAACUGCCAGGAGCUGGAGCGGCUCGGGGCCUCAGCCGCCAGCCUGCGGAAGAAGCCCAUCCACAGCUGCCACAUCCCGGGCUGCGGGAAGGUCUACGGCAAGGCCUCCCACCUCAAGGCCCACCUGCGGUGGCACACGGGCGAGCGCCCCUUUGUCUGCAACUGGCUCUUCUGUGGCAAGCGCUUCACCCGCUCAGACGAGCUGGAGCGUCACGUCCGCACCCACACCCGGGAGAAGAAGUUCACCUGCCUGCUCUGCAACAAGAGGUUCACCCGCAGCGACCACCUCAGCAAGCACCAGAAGACCCACACCGAGAUGGGGGCGGCCAAGCCCGCCGAGGGCGAAGCCGAGAGGGAGGAGACGGCCACUGGCAGUGGCUCUCCAGGCGCGGCCUUGCAGGACGGGCUUGCCAACGACGACAAAGACACCACCAGCCCUGAGCAAAGCAGCUUGCUGGAGAUCUAA